UAGCGUAAGCAUUACCGCGACCGGGAUAGGUAUUUGCAAAUGGCUCCAUAUCAGAGGGAAGCCUAUCUGCAAAGGAAUCGUGAGUAUAAAAGAAUGCGGCGUGAGUGCAGUGCAAGUUGUAACAACACACAAACAGCACCACAACAGAAAAUUUUGAGAGCUACUAAUAAUAACCAAUACAUGAUAGGAGAGGAAGUCAUGGCCAUUUCAAACUAUGAGAGGCACGAUUCAGUUUUUACUCAGCUAGGGUCUUCAUCAAAAGUGGCAGAAAAUGGUGGUUCUGAGACAAGCCGUCCAAAAGCUGGAACUCGGUUCACUAUCAGUCCAUCUGGCAUAUAUUUAUCAUCAAUAUCCUCGGAAGAACAAGCUGCAAAAUAUGAAUUGAAAAAUGUAGGUCAGCGUAAGCGGCAACAUUGCACCAAUGUGUACUCACAACUGUCACAUGACCAGGAAGAAACACACGUACAAGAGAUUUGUGGCCCUAAUAAAAGAAAGAGGUCAGAAAAAGAAAGUUGUAGUACCGCACGGGAUCCUGAUAGAAAUACCAACAACUUGCAUGAAGACAUCAUUUAUGUGCCCCAGGAUUAUUUUCCUGUCGUUCAUGACAACAUUGAGUGCGAUGAAGUGGACGAUGAAAGUCUUAUGUAUAAUGGACCAGGGAACUGA